CACACACACCAUUUUCCUCACACAAUUGUCAAUUCUGCAAAACGCCAAAAAAAAACUCAAUUUCUCAUCUGAUCUAACAAUGGCAGGAAUCAUCCACAAAAUUGAAGAGAAACUCCACAUCGGAGGUGGCCAUAAGGAAGAAGAACACAAAAAAGAGGAACACAAGGGAGAAGGACACAAGAAGGAUGAGCAUAAGGAAGGAUUUGUUGAGAAGAUAAAAGAUAAGAUCCAUGGAGAAGAAAGUGGAGAGAAUCAUGUAAACGACAAGAAGAAGAAGAAGAAAGACAAAAAGGAGAAGAAGGAGAAGAAACAUGACGGACAUGAUAGUAGCAGCAGCAGCGACAGUGAUUAGAUCUGAUCGGAUUGAUUUACUAUCUCACCUAACAUUUUCAUAUCUAUAGUGUUUUCUGCUAUAGAUAUACCCCUAUCUCUGUGUAUCAGUAUCUUGUGUUUAACUGCUUUCUGUUUGAUUUGUGAAUGUACUCGGUUUAUAAUAAUAAUAAAAGCUGCAGUUUUUAGAUAUUAGAAA